AUGUUUCUCUAUCACAAUCUGUUCAUAUCUAUCAAUCGAUCUAUCUAUCACAGACUGUGCAUAUAUAUUCAUCUAUCUAUCUAUCACAGUCUGUGCAUAUUUAUCUAUCUGUCUAUCUAUCACAGUCUGUGCAUAUCUAUCUAUCUAUCUAUCUAUCUGUCACAGGCUGUGCACAUAUAUUUAUCUAUCUAUCUAUCACAGUCUGUGCAUAUAUAUUCAUCUAUCUAUCUAUCUAUCAAUCAGUCUGUGCAUAUCUAUCUAUCUAUCUAUCUAUCUAUCUAUCUAUCACAGUCUGUGCAUAUUUAUCUAUCUGUCUAUCUAUCACAGUCUGUGCAUAUCUAUCUAUCUAUCUAUCUAUCUAUCUAUCUAUCUAUCACAGUCUGUGCAUACCUGUCUAUCUCGUACCGUCUGUUCAUUAUCUAUCACAGUCUAUUCAUAGCUAUCUAUUUAUGA